UGAUUGCAAAUACGGAAAUACAGUGACAGCAUCUUUGAGUUGUUUUGCGUCGUGUUUUUUCUCACUUUAACGAACCUUUGACUCAAAACAUACACAAAAAACAGCAAAUAUAUUAUCAAUUUGUGUUUUUCAUUCACCCUAUGGAUUUGUUGCAGCUUUUAUCAUGGGCCUGCAUCGUGUUCACAAUCGGGAUGUUCUCGACUGGACUGACCGACCUAAAGAAGAUGCGAGAAUCCAAAAGUGCCGAAAACAUCCAGUUUCUCCCUUUUCUCACCACAUGUCUAAAUAACCUGGGCUGGUUGUCAUAUGGGAUGCUGAAGAAGGAUCAGACAAUUGUCUUGGUCAACAUCAUCGGAGCUCUCCUCCAGGUCCUCUACAUUAUCAUGUACUUCCACUACACAAAAGAAAAGAGGCUGGUGAUGGUCCAAACGGCCACUGCAGGAGCUGUGUUGGCCUGCGGCUGGCUAUACUUCACUACCUUUCUAACUGAGGGAGACGCCCGGCUCAGCCAGCUGGGUCUGACCUGCAGCGUGGUCACCGUCAGCAUGUACAUGUCGCCCCUCGCUGACUUGGUCCAGAUAGUGCGCAGUGGUAACGUGCAAUGCUUGUCCUUCCCCCUGACGGUAGCCACCUUCUUCACUUCCACCUCCUGGGUUCUCUACGGCCUUCAGCUGAAUGACUACUACGUUAUGGUCCCAAACACACCAGGAAUCUUUACCAGCCUGGUUCGAUUUUAUCUGUUUUGGAAAUUUGCCCCCGUCGAUCCAAGCUUGCCUCCUUAUAAGCCUUUGCAGAUAUGAGGAUAAAAGUGCAAAAAACUGAAAGCAAAGUGAAAUCUGCCGGCACCUCUGGUCACCACUCGUCUUGUCUUUGACGUGGAAACAGACAAGAGUUAAAUAUCGACAAACAAACUGAACAACACCACUUACAAAAGUGGUGACAAGGACAAAAAUGAUGUGUAAAAAAAACAAAAAGAGAGUGCAAAUGUUAUUUUUCUCCAGCUGUGUUUUGUCUCCUCUGUGUGUCCCUAAGUGCCUUGUGUUGGGUGAUGUUUGCCAUUAGAUUUCAGUGAUAUGAACAGGAAACGAUCUGUUCACUGUCCAGACAGCUGGGUUUAGACUCAUUCCAUAAUUGCCAAAGAUUUUUACGAAAGUGUAACUUGUCAGCUGCCUAUGGUGAUAGCGAUUUAUACCUGUUCUGAGUUGGUACUCUUUGUGCCUUUGUGUUACCACAUAUACUAAAUAUGUGUCAUAUUAGGGGCAAUUAUCAUUGUUCAGGACUUUGGAUCUGAACCUCUUUUUAUUCAAGAUGAACAAGAAAAAAGAAGAUAUUUGCUUAUUUUGUCAGUCUAUUUUUAUAACAUGUAUAUGAAAUUGAAUGAAAUACAAGACGGAACAACAUAAGUUUUUUUAGGCCGGGUGAUGUUUGUUUCUCUGUUGUCUGUGUCUUAAAAUCAAAUGUAAGACCAACGUUGGAUGUUCCAUUUAUAAAAGUGCCAUUUAAAUAAAUGAAAUAUUUACCAU